AUGUUCUUCAAUAAAUUUAUGACACCCAUCACUUGGUUCAAUCUUCUACUAUGCAUCGCUUCUGAUAAUGAAACUUCCAAUCUACCUAAUAUCGACCCUUUUUCUGGCAUCUCAGAUAGCCUUGAUAUCUUCGAUUACAACAAUUUUGAGCCAUUGUUUAGCUCAGAAUUUCCGUUGGAUCCUUCGCAGUUCAUUGAUUUCGCUCAGUUGAGUGAAACUGAGAAUAUAAGAAGUGAAGAAUCGGGAUCUGAAACUAAUCAGAUCACAAAUUCUCCUCAUCCUGGCUUCUCCGAUAUCUAUGGCCACACUAAUUUGGAGUUAUCAGAUAUGGACUCAUAUAGGAAUCUGUGGAGAGAUGCUAAUGAAGAAUUAAAAACGAGUGAUGAUAACGUGCGAUAUCCUUCCAUUAUAGAUGCUCAGAAUGAAACUUCUUCCUCACUUAAUCUCAACAGCGAUGAUAUUAUCACAUAUAUGCACUUACCUGGCUCACAACAAAAUGCCGUUCCGAUUUAUUUUCACCAGCUUACUCUUUCCUCAGAUAACACUUCCAGUCAAAGUGCAACUGCUGAACAGAGCAACAUCGACAAUAAGCAUUCAGAUUACUUGAAUAUCCUCGAUUACAAGGAAAAUGCCUAUAAAGAAUCAGAAACAGAUAAGAAAAAUUAUACUUGUCAUUAUCGCGGGUGUACUGUGACCACGAAAAAUCACAAAGAAUAUCUAACACAUAGGAAAACACACAGUCAGCCCUUCAUCUAUGAAUGCAAAGUGUCCGGUUGUGGGCGAAUAUUUGACCAUGAAUCAUCAUUUUACAAUCACAUACAGACGCAUGAACCUCGUCCUCAGUGCAAGGAUUGUGGCAAAUUCCUCGUCAAUAGGAAUGCACUGCGUAAACACGAGUGGCUCUGCCAAAAAAAAUCUCGUUAG